AUGGCCACGCUGCAACGGACAAACUCAUGUACCGAUAUUGGCUUCACGCUCCGUCGCCAGUUUGGCAAACCGGAUUUUAGGCCCCAUCAACGCGAAAUUAUAGAAGCUGCCUUGGCCGGGUUUGACAUUUACGUGCAGGCUGCCACGUCGUUUGGCAAGAGCCUAUGCUUCCAGCUCCCAGCCGUCAUUGACACUGGCAUAACAGUUGUAGUGUCGCCACUUUUGUCAUUGAUGAUCAAUCAAGUUGAAGCGUUGCGUGCGUCCGGGAUCGAUGCGAGUGCACUAAACAGCAGUACCCCGUAUUCCGAAAAGGAACGAAUACAUCGAGACCUGGAAACAGGCCAUCCCUUAACGCGGCUGUUGUAUGUAACGCCCGAACUGUGCUCUGGCUCACGCUUUCGUGAGCGCCUGCAAAAGGUGCACGAACAAAAGGAACUUGCUCGAGUUGCAAUUGACGAAGCGCACUGCAUAUCUGAAUGGGGCCAUGAUUUUCGCAAGGAUUUUCAGCGACUCUCUUGGUUCCGCGAAACAUUUCCCGCUGUGCCAAUUAUGUGUUUAACGGCGACGGCGAACCCUCGUGUGCGUCAAGAUAUACUCGGUGUCCUGCGCCUCGACAGUACCCCAGAAAGAAUGAAGACCUUUUUGAUGAGCCCUUCGAGGGCAAACCUGCACAUAGAGAUACGGUACACAAAGGACGGGGACGAUAACCGUUUAUCAGACUUCGUGGCCUGGCUGCAAUCCGUGUACGAUCGCCGAAGGGCGGAACCGCGCAAAGAGGAGCUUCAACAGCUGGGUGAGAGAGUCGAGAACGUACCAGGCAUAAUCUAUACAAUAUCUCGAGACGAAUGCGAGACGCUCUCGGCUGCCCUGCGCGCUCAAGGCAUUGGAGCGCGACCCUUCCAUGCCAAAUUACCGAAAGACGUAAAGGAAGACACCCUCAGCCGAUGGAUCAAGAAUGAGCAAGGCUACGAUAUUAUCGUGGCUACAACUGCGUUUGGCAUGGGCAUCGACAAGAACAAUGUACGCUUUGUCGUGCACUGGCGGUUGCCAAAGUCCUUCGAGGGCUACUACCAAGAGGCAGGCCGCGCUGGGCGAGAUGGCAACGCGAGCUACUGCUUCUUGUACUAUAGCCGUGAAGAUCUAGAAAGGGUCACGCGAAUGGUCAAGGGUGACUCAAAAGACGGUACGAGCUACCAGGCACGGCUCCGCAGUCUACAAGCACUCGCACUUUAUUGCGAGAGCAUAAAAUCGUGCCGACACGCCGAAAUUUGCAAGUAUUUUGGCGAAACCGAGAUUCCAGAGUGCGAUUUCGCUUGCGACUUUGAUAAGGAUGCGGAGGACCUAGAAGAAAGAUUUAGAGAGGGCCUGGCCAGCGAGGAGUGGGUGAGCACGCAAGCGAUGCAAGGCACAUAUGAUGGGUAUUAUGACGAUUAUUGA